UGAACCAUUGGCGAGGGAGGACGUAGCUUCUGUGCCACUUGUCAGUGACGCGCACGUGGCACAUCGUCGGCAUGCACAGGCCGACGUGACAGCCGGCUGAUGUCAAAAUAUCCUGGCCUGCACUUCGCGAGAAACGAGUAUUUUGCAAUUGAAAAUUCCCAGGGAAAAUUCGUUCUGUGAGCCACGAAAAUAAUUAUCGGAUUGUCAUUUUUAUUAGCGAGAUUGAGCAAGCGGAUUCUGAGUGAGCGAAGACUUGAUUUAGCCCGUCGAAAGUGUCAGAGAAUAUAAAAUCAUGCAAGAUGUGUAUCUUAACAACAUAAUCCAGAGGCGCUCGCAAUCGAGGAGCAUAAAGCGCUAAACGAAAAUGGACCGCAUGAUGCGCGGGACUCAGAAAACGAAAAGCAGGUCUCUGAUAGUUUUAUCGUGACGUCAGUAUAACGGUAAUAUGAAAAUAAACGAUCACUAAUUUCCAGCAAUCCGGAUAUUAAUGCAAAAUUUGUUCCAGCCUCCGCGAAUGCUGUGAGACAUCUUAUUUCUAUAGAAUACACACAGGCGUGUGCCACACAUAUACCCUCGCGUUUUAUCGUUUUUCUAUAUAACGUAUAAUUAAUUAUUCCAUAUAAAAAUUUCUAAUUACAUAAUUGUCAUAAAAUUAUUUAAUUAAAAACAUGUUAGCAAGCGAAACCUAAAACGUGGUUGUCAGAGUGUAUAUUUUAAUCACUCAAUUUAUAAUAAUAUUAUAUAUUACAUUAUAUAUAAUUACAAUAUACCUAUUCGCCGAACGGAUCCUGUUUCAUGGAUGGUUAAUGACUAAGGCUUCUGCUUUAGUUUUACUCAUAUAAUUUUGAUUCAAUAGAGUAAAACUUUUAACGUCAGUUAAUAACGUCAAAUUAUUGUUCCUUGUUUUAUGAACUUUGUUCCGUUCUCAAAUAGCACAAGAGGCAUAUUAUAAUAGAAUAGAAACUUCAAUUGGUAACAUAAAAUUAUUGCUCCUUGCUUCAUCUUGCUUCUCAUUCUACUCAAAUGACACACAAAGCACAUUCGCUUUUCUAGGUGUACAGGGCGACAGCGAGCUAUAAAUGACAUCUCAUGUUGAAAUUACUGAAGGCACUGCACGCGUGCGAUCGAAAUGGAUUUCUGCAGACGAUACAAAUUUUUGCAUAUACUACCGAGACCAGCAAAACGGAUCGUAUGGUCUUGGCGAGCGGAGAACGGCACAAUGUUCCGGGUGCCGGAGAAUAAUUCGCAAUCGACAGCCGAGUGCCUCAUCGAAUUGACAAACGUCUCUGUCGCCAUCCUGACAACACUCGUAGCCGCGAUUUUAAUUAUCAAGUACAAAUGCAACACGGACAGAAAGCCUUCCAAAUCGCUUCUGCCACUUCACACGUGUAGGACCUUACUUUGUAUGUUACUGGUGACGACACUUUUAUUGGAGCUAUGCGAGUUCGUAUUGACGUCGAUUUCGCUAUCGUCGAUCUUGACGAUGAUCGCGGUGCUAUUCUGUUGGAUAUUGCAUCGAGAAACCGAAAUCAGGGACGGUUUUGGUACCGCUGCGUCCGGCGGCGGAUUUACGAUAAUUGGCCUUUCACGAGCGUGGAGACUUUCAUACUUAUGCAGAUUUGGCCUGUCAGUUCAACAUGUUCGUGUCACGACCACGGCGACUGCUGCUGUUUGUUGCGGAUUACUCGCCAUUAUCGAUUCCUACACCCUUUAUCGCAUGAUGCAAAAGUGCCGGAGGUACACCAUGAAGAGACCCGAUGACGCGCGGAACACCUACGUGCACUCCGCCUCGCCGUUCCUCAGCAGGAUCACCUUCCACUGGGUGACUGACCUGCUGUCGCGCGGCUAUCACGCACCCCUGGAACUCCACGACCUUGGACAACUUCCAGACGAGGAGACCACGAGGAAUCAGUUCGAGCGCUUCCGCGAUAUAUACGAGACCGAGAGGCUACGAAGCCGUGGCAGGAAAGUGUCUUUAUGGAAAUGUUUCUGGAGACGAAUAUGGUUAGCUUUCGCGGUGGGUGGCGUCUUAAAGCUCUUCGGGGACGCUACGACUUUGAUAGGUCCGAUGGCAAUCUCCAAGAUUAUCGAUUUCGUGUCGAAUCUUCAAGAAAACCCGUCAGGCAAAAGUUUCUCUUCGAAGGGAGCCAUGACAUUUUCCGAAAUUCUGAAAAAUGGGUAUUUCCUGGGGAUCGUAGUUUUUCUCGCGACUAUCUUGCAGAGCACGAUAAGCCAAGCGUCCACUCACGUGCUCUGCGUCGGAGGGAUACGCUUGCGAACAGCCCUUCAGGCACUAAUUUACGAUAAGGCUCUCCGCUUAUCCUCCUGGAGUAUCUCUGAGGAAGAAAAACCGUCCGACAAGGAUAAGGAUCAGCACUGCCAUCAGCAGGCCGUCGAUAUCGGGACCCUGACGAAUCUCAUGGCCGAAGACGCGUACAACGUGAUGAGCUUCUUCUGGAUCGGUCAUUACAUCUGGGCCAUCCCACUAAAGAUUGGCGUCAUCAUUUUCCUGCUGUACUUGAAACUGGGCGUCAGUGCAAUUAUGGGAGCAAUUUGCUGUAUAUUGAUCGUCACGCCGAUGCAGCUAGUUCUUGGGAAACGAAUGUCCGAGAACUCCAAGUCCAUAGCAGAUAAAAGCGAUGCUCGUCUUCGGCUGGUUAAUGAGAUUCUUCAAGGGAUGCGUCUCAUUAAGCUACGCGCCUGGGAAAAUGUCUUCGAGGAACGCAUACGCAAAACUCGGGACCAAGAGUUAAAAUUGUUGGACAAGGAUUCCGUGUACUGGGCGUUCAUCAAUUUCCUGACGCAUGCCUCCUCCGUUCUGAUGACUCUCUUCACAUUUGGAAUUUAUUUCUGGCUGGAGGAACGAAAUCUCGACGCGGGGAACGUUUUUGCCAGUCUCGCCCUCUUUUCGCAGCUGACCGUGCCGCUUUUCAUCUUUCCGGUGAUAGUGCCGAUUAUCAUCAACGCCAUGAUUUCUACGACGAGACUAGAGGACUUUCUGCAACUACCAGAAAUCGUGAACAUUCUCCCUGAACCAAAUAAACGAAAAUCGGCCGCAGACACGUUGUUGAAGACAAAUUCGUACAUCGAUAAUCAUGUGGAAGCAAUAAACAGCGUCACGACUUUCGGAUCGCUCGACAACAUCGUGGAGGACGAGGAAGACCCGCAGUCGAACACUUUACGUGGAUUCAAUUUGGCAAUUGACUCCUCGGUCGACACGGUAUUCGAAAGAGAUCCGGAAGUCCCAGAAUCAGUGCUCAGGAUCACAUCGAGCAUCUUCACAUGGGGAUCUGACGAAAAUACGCUGACGGUUAACGGUCUCAAUUUUCCACGAGGACAAUUGACAAUAAUAGUGGGGAAAACCGGCAGCGGAAAGACCUCUUUACUAUUGGCGCUCUUAGGAGAGAUUCAGAGAAUAAGCGGCAGCAUCGAAUGGAGCAAAGGUCUGAAGAUCGCCUACGUGGCACAACGGCCGUGGCUCCAGAACGCGACUCUGAGGGACAACAUUCUCUUCGGCUCCGCAUAUCGGCCGCGAAGAUAUUACAACGUGCUACGUGCGUGCGCCCUUCAACCGGAUGUAGACAUGCUUCCCGGUCGAGAUCUGACUAGGAUCGGCGAGCGAGGGAUCAAUUUGAGCGGAGGACAGAAGCAAAGAGUCACCGUAGCUCGAGCCCUUUACAGCGACGCCGAUGUCGUCCUCAUGGAUGACCCACUGUCGGCGUUGGAUUAUCACGUCGGUCGACAGAUCUUUGAUCAUGCCGUGAGAAAGUUUCUGCUGAGGAGCGGUCGAACCGUAAUCAUGAUCAGUCACAGACUGGAGCUGUUAUCUGCUGCCCAUCAGGUGAUUGUCAUGGAUGCUUGUCGAGUUCGCGCUGUCGGAAUGAAAUCCAGCAUCGAGGAUAUGGAUCCCGAAUUAGCGGCGGAGUGGCGAACCGCAGCUACAAGACGGGAGAAUGAAAAUCGCUACCAAAAAACUGCCAAGGAUAGAUGGUCCUUGAUUAGACUAGUCUCCAGGAUCGGAAUCAACAAUCCACCCGUGUUCGUACCUUUAAGACUGCGUCGGACAACUCUGUCCGGAUCAAGAUACUUGAGUCAUGAUCUCACGGAUCUUCCGGUACCGACGGAAGAAUGGAAUACUGCUAAGAAACGAUCGAAGACAUAUCGCGAAACCCUCAGAUCGACGAGUCUUCAACCGCAGAAACGACCGCCGCCAGUUCUUCGGCAAAAUAGCACGCCGACGAUAAUCGAAAAUCAUUAUGUCGCACCGAGAAAGAGGAAUAAUACAUAUGACAACGGACAACCUAGCAGUGUGUUGAAACAAUUCUUCUCUACGAGGUAUCCCGAGGAAAUGACGUUGAACAGAGAUAAAAGCGUCCUGCGCCGUCUCAUGUCGGGUUCUAGCAAAGUAAGUCAGCAGGAACGCGAAUUUCCAGUGAAGCGACUACUAUCGAUAGAAUCCCGAACCACCGAUGAUACGGACGAUGUGGAAGAAAUUCUUGACGAUGAAGACACAGAUGAGCAAGGCGAAUUCGAAAUGGACGAUAAAAGCGGGAUGGUCACCAGAAUGAUAUGGAUAGAGUACACAAAGGCUGGUGGAUGGAUACCAGGACUCGUCUAUGUCAUAGCAGCGUUGGCCUACCAAAUUCUUCGCGUGUACACCGAUCUCUGGUUGAGCCGAUGGACCGAUCAAAGCGUUCACUCGAUACCAAGCGAACAGCAGGAUACGGUGUCCUACUUCAAGGUGUACAUUAUCGUGUCAGUCGGUUCCAUUCUCUUAUCAUUCCUGUACAACGUAGCGGGUCAGUGGGCAGGUGCCAGAGCAAGACGAAGACUGCAUCAGGAAUCCGUCAUCGGGCUUCUUGACGCGCCCGUUUCUUUCUUCGACCGCAAUCCUAUCGGGAAGAUCCUGAACAGAUUCAGCGCCGACAUGGGCGUCAUAGACAAGAAAAUAUCUACAUCAAUCAAGAGACUGACGUCCUUCGUGCUACUCUGCAGCUCGGCGAUGAUCGUCAACGUUAUCAUCUCACCGUGGUUUUUGAUCGCCGCUGUACCCACCAGCUGCGCUUAUUACGUUUUACAAAGAUUUUACAGACGGAGCGCCAGGCAAUUGCAACGACUGGACGGCAGCACGAGAGGACCGGUAGCAGCGCAUUUUUCGGAAACUCUGUCCGGACUACCAACACUGAGGGCAUUCAAGCAAGAGAAUCGUUUCAUGGAGGAGACGAUGCGACGCCUCGACGUGAACACGAACGCGUUUCUCAUCUUGAACACCAGCAGCAGAUGGCUCGGCAUCGCGCUGGAUUAUCUAGGCGCCGUUAUCGUAGUGACAGCCAUCAUUGCAGUUUUACUUUCCGCCGAAUUAUAUCCAAACCGCGUUACGCCCGCGCUGGUAGGCCUGGCGAUCAACUACACUCUCUUGGUGCCAAUAUAUUUGAACUGGGUGGUCAAGUUUACCGCAGAGAUCGAAAUGUAUAUGGGGAGCGUGGCCCGGAUAUCCGCGUACAGAAACACGCAACCAGAGAACUAUUGCGAAGAAACUGGUUUACGAGUGACUGAUACUUGGCCAAACAAGGGCGAAAUUAUCUUCGAAGAUGUCUCUCUACGCUAUGACGCCGACAGAAAUCCAGUGAUCACAGAUUUAUCUUUGAAAAUACCAGCUGGACAAAAGUUAGGCAUUUGUGGAAGAACCGGUGGAGGAAAAUCGUCGAGUGUGAUGGCCCUCUUUCAACUAAUCGAGAUCAGCCAAGGCCGCGUGCUCCUGGACGGAAUCGACAUACGACAAGUCCCUCUUCGAAUACUGCGAUCACGAUUGUCAGCCAUACCGCAGGAUGCAAUAAUGUUCAGUGGAACGAUCAGGGAGAAUCUAGAUCCGCUUUCGCAACAUAACGAUCAAGAAAUUUGGAACGCCUUGGAGCUUUCUCAAAUCAAAGAUGUCGUGGCUUCGCAUCCCGAAGGCCUGAAUCUAGAGGUACGAGAAGGCGGCGAAAACUUUUCUGCUGGUCAGCUUCAACUUCUGUGCAUGGCACGCGCGAUUCUUCAACGAUCGAGCGUCAUUGUGCUCGAUGAAGCGACCAGCGCACUCGACGUAGCCACCGAGAAAUCACUCUUAAAGGCGGCUGCCGUCGCUUUUGAGCACAAGACUGUGAUCAUUAUCGCGCACCGAGCGGCAACUUUGUUAGAUUGCGAUCGCAUCAUCGUGUUUAACGAGGGCAAGAUCGUCGAAGAGGGUUCACCGGCAGAUUUAAUUCAGCGUCAAAAUGGAAUCUUCUCUGCGAUGAUCAAAGCGGCCGAACAAAGCGUCAAAAGAAUUUGCUUUGGACAUGCGUUGGACGAAGAUAACAUGAGGUUCUCGUGCUUCCCGAAGCCCAAUAUCCUUGGGCAGAGGGGUAGUAUUAAUCUCACCCCUCUGCCGGGCCACGAGGAAUCCAACAGCAUUUCUACUUCGAGUAUAAAUGGAAGCACGAGACAUGGAGUUAUUGCAAGCUACAAACGAUCCGGCGAACCGGACAUGACACAUGGCGUUAUACGCCCGCUGCCUGGCACCGUAUCCUCGUUAAUUGUAAAUGGCAGCGGUCCACCAUCGUCCACAUCAUCCACAUCUUCUACAAAGCAUAAAGCACCGUCCCCGCCGUCCAACCAUGCAAAUCAUCAGUCCACGACACAAGAACAACCCGGAACGGAAGAUGUGGCUGCUACGAACAACGGUGAACAUCCUAUGAACAAUCCGAGAGGCGGCGUCAUCGGGAGGACGCCGACGCCACCCUCGGCACCGACACCCGCAUAUGAGAAAGACGCCAGGAGUGCACGGCAGAUUAAAAGGGCCAUCCUCGAGAACGAAUUUCUGGGUAACCUUGAGGAAAAUCAAGUGGAAGCGCUGGUCUCCGCAAUGUAUCCGAAACAAAUUCCCGCUAAUACUCUGGUCAUUCGAGAGGGUGAUAUAGGCUCACAUUUGUACGUAUCGGCGGAGGGUGAGUUCGACAUUUACGACGGGAACAAAUUCCAAAGAAGCUUCGGACCAGGAAUCGCGUUUGGUGAGAUUGCUCUGUUGUACAACACGAAAAGACUUCGAUCUAUCAGCGUAAAGAAAGGUGGAAAGGUAUGGGUACUGGACAGAUCAGUAUUUCUCACCAUAAUGAUGAGAACAGUUCAAGAACAAUUGGAAAGCAAUAUCCGCUUCCUCCAACGCGUUUCCGUUCUGCAAAAGCUCCCCGAACCCAAGGACCACGUUCUCGCGAAAAUAUCCGAUCUUUUAAGAAUAGAAUUUUUUCCGGCCGGAGCCAAGAUAUUGCGGCAGGGUGAGAAGGGCGAGAAAUUUUACAUAAUCAGCGGCGGAAAUGUGCGGAUUACCAAGGAUACCGAAUACGGAGGCGAGGAGGAGCUGGUGGUUCUCGGUAAAGGAGAGUAUUUCGGUGAAUUGGCUCUUUACGAUGACGAGGGAGAACGACGUGCCAAUGCGAUCGCGCUUGCACCUGGUGUCGAAUGCCUGACGUUGGACAGAACAUCAUUUUUGAACUAUCUGGGCAGCCUGGAUGAGAUUCGUAACAAGGACUGGUUGGCGGAAUACGAAAAGCAGAAACGUUCAUUGACUCCGAAAAAGUGGACUAAUGAGUAUGCAAAUCUAACUUUGGCCGAUUUGGAGACAAGAGGCACGUUAGGAGUGGGUGGAUUUGGCCGGGUCGAGUUGGUCACGCUCAGAUCUGACCCGAACAAGAGCUUCGCUCUGAAGAAACUCAAGAAGAAGGUCAUGGUCGAACAGCAGCAGCAGGAGCAUGUGCUCAACGAGAAACACAUUAUGCAAGCAUGUGACUCUCCAUUCAUAUGCAAGCUCUAUCAGACGUAUAAGGAUAGCAAAUACGUCUUUUUUCUGAUGGAGGUGUGUCUCGGUGGAGACGUGUGGACGAGCCUGCAGAGGAGGCGAUACUUCGACGACGCCACUACGCAAUUUAUGGUAGGCUGCGUGGUGGAAGCCCUCGAUCACCUACAUUCGCUAAAUAUCGUCUACCGAGAUCUCAAACCGGAGAAUCUUAUGCUCGAUGCGCGCGGUUACUUGAAACUGGUGGACUUUGGUUUUAGCAAAAAGAUUGGUCCUGCUAAAACGUGGACCUUCGCCGGCACUCCAGAAUACGUCGCGCCAGAAAUUAUUUUGAAUAAAGGACACGACAGGGCGGUUGAUUAUUGGGCUCUUGGCAUUCUAACACACGAGCUUCUCGUCGGCAAGCCGCCUUUCCGAGGAUCUGAUCACAUGACUACGUAUAACAAAAUUCUGAAAGGCAUUGAGAUGGUCGGCAUACCGAGUGUCGUCAACAAAAAUGCGAAUAAUCUCAUUAAAAAGUUACUUCGUCUAAGUCCGUCAGAACGAUUGGGUUAUCAGCGAAACGGGAUACAGGACAUUCGCGAUCACAAGUGGUUUUCGGGAUUCAACUGGCAGGCGCUUCAAAGAUUAGCUCUACCAGCUCCUAUUGUACCCACGGUGCGGCAUCAACUUGACACGCGAAACUUCGAACGAUACCCACCCGACCGCGACAUUCCACCAGACGAAUUUUCUGGUUGGGACAUCGACUUCUGAGGAUAAUUUAUCGAUAUGAUAGAAUUAAAUAAUAGAUAUAAUAAUAACACGAUCUUUGCGCCUUUGUUAAAAAGUACAUUUUUUAAUCAUAUGCGAUCGUCAUAAAGCAAUCGCCUUUCUACUAACUGUUACCAAAAAAUAACAAUGUGAUAAAAAUGCGAGGAUUGUCUCGCUUCAAUCUCGAAAUGUAAAAUGAUAAGUAACUGCGUGAGCAAAUUAAUGUAUAUGCCAAUAAUUAACGAUCUUCUUAUUAAUUAUUAAUCAGCUGAUAAUUAAUAAUUGUCAUUUCAAAAAAUUUCUUAUAAUAUUUCGCAUUUGAUUGGUUCAUUCGCAAAAUUAUAACGUUUUUACUCCAUAAAAUCAUUCGUAAAAUUAUUUGUCACUAUUAGGUAAAAAUAUCUUUAACUUAUUCAUCGAUCCUCUAAUUUUUGACGGACAAAUAACUCGUAAAAAUAAUUUACUGUUAUAAGAAUAUUAUUUUUUCAUAAGCAAUCACUGAGAUUCCAGUGUAACUUGACUAAAAAUGUGCAUAUAUUCUAACGAUACUCCGUUUUCUACACAGAAGCCAAUCGUACGAUAUUAACAUUAUUCCAUCCCGUAAUUAUACAUUUUUUCCGCUCGUAAAGGAGAACCUUACAUGGUAAAUAGAUUUAGAUCCGAUUAGGGCGGUUUGGUCGCACUAGCAUGUACUCGCAAGACAACAUCACAUUUGCAAAUAAAUGAUUUUAUAACCA